AUGGACCAGCCCACCUUUGCCGACCUGGAAUAUCAGGGCAAGAAGCGCAAGACCCGCCGUGAACUCUUCCUGGAGCGCAUGGACGGUCUGAUUCCCUGGCAGAGCUUGGAGGGCCGCAUCCGCCCCGUGUAUCCCAAGGCUGGCAAGGGCCGCCACCCUUACCCGCUACCGGUCAUGCUCAGGGUCCACUGCGUCCAGCUCUUCUACAACCUCAGCGACCCCGGAAUGGAGGACCUGCUCUACGAGUCCGAGCCGGUGCGGCGGUUCGCAGGACUGAAGCUCUCCGGUCCCCUGCCCGACGAGUCCACGAUUUUGCACUUCCGUCAUCUGUUGGAAAACCACAGCCUGGGGCAGGGCCUCUUGGAGGAAAUCAACGCCCACCUGGACUCCCAAGGGCUGAGGUUGCGAGAGGGAACCAUCGUGGACGCCACCAUCAUCGAAGCUCCGUCAUCGACCAAGAACCAGGCCAGGGAGAGGGACCCUGAGAUGCACCAGACCAAGAAGGGGAACCAGUGGCAUUUCGGGAUGAAGGCGCAUAUCGGGGUGGACUGUGAGACGGGGAUAGUGCACAGCAUGACGGCGACUGCGGCCAACGUGCAUGACAUUACGGAGGCCCACAACCUGCUGCACGGUGGCGAGACAGUGGUCUGGGGAGACGCAGGUUAUCAGGGAGUACACAAGCGGAAGGAGAACCUGGGACUGGAUGUGGACUGGCGGGUGGCGAUGCGUCCGGGGAAACGCCGGGGACUCGAUCCUGGGAGUGAUGAGGCGCUGCUGGAGAAAGCGAAGGCAUCGGUGAGGGCUAAAGUGGAGCAUCCGUUCCUGCGGUUGAAGCGGCUGUUCGGAUACGGCAAGGUGCGCUACCGGGGGCUGGCCAAGAACACGGAGCGCCUGGCGUUGCUGUUCGGCCUGGGCAACCUGCUGGCGGCGGAGGGACGACUGAGGGGGUAG